UCCCAAUCAACUACUUUGCCACGACUCACACGAGCAUUGAGUAGCAACGCAUUUACACCAGUCCUAUACAUAAGUCGACGGCCAAAAUGCUCGCGGCUGUCGGGCAACCCGUACCCAACACAGAGCACGCCGUCAGUGUCUCGCUACCAUCAUGGAAAGCCACGGUGGGCUACGAAGAAGGCGAAGACUGGGUGGUCUCGAAGAUGCAGACCGGCUACCCUAGAUUCUUUAUACAUUUGACGAUCCAGGAGCUGGAGAGGGAGAUACUCAAGCUCUACGGUCGACAUGGUGAGAAAGUCAUGCUUUUCCCGACCCUUGCCACUGCGAAGAGGUGCCAGAAGUUCUUGUACGACAAAGUUGAAGCUCUGGGUACGGGGGUGGUGCAUAUCUUGCAACUGGAGCCAGUAGUCAACAAAAGCAUACCUCGCGAUACCACCUUGUCCGGCCUUUCCUGUGUGUUUUUCCCCAAGGACUACUUCGGCGUGGCGAAACAAGUCUGGCAACACUCCGGCGAUGGUAUUUCAAGCCGGCGAGGUGAAUUCUGCCUCAAAGCGCUAAAAGACGGCAUUCUGCAACCAGUUGCAGACGCAGCAAAGCCCAAACAAGAUGACGUGUACGCCAAAGGACCUCGGAGAUACCAAAAAGCUUCGCAGAACGGGAUCGUUGUCAAUCUUAACGGUGCUGCUGAGUCAUCGAGACCUUCCACCCCUUCAGACGAGGUCGAAGACAGGAGUUUUAGCCAAUUUGUCGAGGAGCGUUUUGGACGAAACCUGAACACCAAGCUAGCGGCAAAAGCGAAACUAGCAAUUCGGCGCAGGAUCAGCGGCUGCCUAACAGACAACUCCGACCUCGACCAAGCCCUGGCAAACUCGCCGCCAGACUGCAACAAGCGCCAACUGGGCUUCUCAGAGGACGACGUCUACAUGUAUCCUACGGGAAUGUCCGCCAUAUUCAACACACAUCGAAUCCUACUUGCCAAUGCCGAAGCCAAAGGUCAGAAACCACGGAGGAGCAUCUGCUUUGGCUUUCCAUACAUCGACACGCUCAAAAUACUAGAGAAGUGGGGCCCAGGCUGCCAAUUCUACGGUCUUGGGAGCUCGGCAUGUCUAGAUGAUCUGGAACAACGCCUCGAGUCCGGCGAGAGGUUCCUCGCCCUUUUCGCUGAGUUCCCCAGCAAUCCUCUCCUCAACUCGCCCGACCUGCUUCGCAUUCGCCAAUUAGCCGACAAGUACGAUUUCGCUGUGGUCGUUGAUGAGACCGUCGGCAACUCCAUUAACACAGACGUACUCCGCCACACAGAUGUCGCUGUCAGCAGCCUGACCAAAGUCUUCAGUGGCGACAGCAACGUCAUGGGCGGUAGCGCGAUUCUCAACCCUCAGAGCAAAUGGUACAAGGAUCUGAGACAGAUACUCGAGAAAGAGUACGAGGACAACUACUGGGCCGAAGAUGCUGUCUUCAUGGAGCGCAACUCCCGCGACUUCAUUUCGCGAAUCGAUCGAAUUAACAUCAACGCCGAAGCUAUGGCCUCUAGGCUAAAAUCAUGCCCGUUCGUCAAGUGCGUGUACUACCCCAAGUACAGCCCUUCUCGAGCCAACUACGACGCUUGCCGCAAUCCGAACGGUGGCUAUGGAGGGUUAUUGUCCGUAACAUUCCAACAUCCUGAGCAGGCAGUCCUGUUCUUCGAUGCUCUGGAGUGUCAGAAGGGACCCAGCUUGGGCACCAACUUCACUCUUGCAUGCCCGUAUACAGUCCUGGCGCAUUAUACGGAGAUGGACUGGACCGCACAGUGGGGUGUCGAGCCUGAUCUGGUUCGGUUGAGCGUUGGGUUGGAAGAACCAGACGACCUGACAGGACGGGUAGAUAGGGCGCUCAAGGCGGCAGAAAGCGCUGAGGUAUAGAAAAGCGUGUCGUUUUGGACUUGGAUGGAUUUUGCAACACAGAUUGAUGUUCAACUCAUCAUCCUGCCAUUGCCUGGAGGGAGCGCCAUAUAAAAAGCUGAAUGCAUUUUGUUUUAUGAGCGACUUACUGUAUUAUGAGAUAUGACGGCUCAGGAGUGAUGAGACGCAGUAUCCAACACUGCCAGUAAUAUGA